AUGAAAUCAAUUAAACAAAGGUUGACUCCUACUAAACUAAAGGAUGUAAGUAAUCUUAGUAGAAUUUGCUGUAUCAAUCAUACUAAUAAAACUGCUAAGUAUUUUUUAACAAAAGACAACUCAGUUUUUUUAUGUUCCAAAUGUGCAGUUUAAAUUAUGGGUAAAGGAUAGAAAGUUGAAGAAAUACCUGGUCUUGAGGAAGAAUUUAGAAGCAAAUAAAUUAAUCUAUUUAUCAAUUCAGUCAAUAAUAACAUUCCUCAUAUUGAUAAAAUGAUGAAUGCCUUAAUAACUAAAAGAGAUGAUAUUUAAAAAUACUAUGAAUAAUAAAAAGAAAAGAUUGAAAAAUUUCAUUCUCAAAUUUACAAAAUCUUAGAAGAAGAUAAAAUCAAAAAGUUAUAAUAAUUACAUAAUAAUUUUAAGAAUGUAUCAAAAUAAUACGAUGAAAGUAUUUAAACUUUAUAAUAAUCUAAAUCUGAAACUAUAUCCAUGAAGAGAGACAUAGAAUUUAAUCUUAAUUCCAUUAUCAAAUCAAUUCAAAAUGAUCCUUUUAAUGAAAUUAUGGCAAGUUAUUAAAAAAAUCUUUCAAUAUUUAUUGGAAAAACUGAUCAUAUUGCCAAAAUUCCAAUUGACGUCCUAAAAGUUACCCUAAAUGAACCAAUUAAUAUAAGUCAUCUUAUAUCAAUAUAAUAAUUAAAAACAUGUUUAAUCAAAAAAAGCCUUCAGGAUAAUAAUAAACCAGAGAUUAAUGAUAGCGUGAAUGAAGGUUAGGAAAAAAAAGAAUAUUUUACUUAACCCAAAGUUAGUAGAAUGGCAUUGUCUACUGUAAAAACACCUAAAUAAGAUUAUGGUAUUAAGAAUGUUGCCUCAUUUGAGAUAACAUGUGAAGAAUGUUAUGAGGAAGGACAUUCAUAAAUGAUUGAAAGAGAUGAUGUUGAGAAUUCCUAUUAAAUGAUGUUAUUAGAAACACUUUCAGAUUAAGAGGAAAAUAAGCCUGAAUAAGAUAUUUUAGGAUCAUUUGGACCUUGUUAAAUUAAUAAAAAUAAUAAUAAUAAUCAUAAUACUAUAUAACUAAAAAAUAAUAAUGUUACUUAACCAAAUAAUAAUAAUAAAUUGUUAGUUUCAAAAAUUAUAGAAAGAAAUAAUAUAAAAAAUGAUAGAAAUUUAGAAAAAAAUUAUAUGUUUAAAGCUAUAAAUACAUCCUUAAAACUUGCAUGA